AUGCCUGAUACCACGGAUCCAGCAAGCCCGACGGCACCAGAAUAUCUCCCUAUGGAGGGCUAUCUGGAACAUGCCGUAACAAUAACAGACGAAAAAUCAAAAUCAGCAGACAGCAUCACGCCGCCAACAGUCAACGACGAUGAGACAAAACUCACUGCCCCGGUCAUCAUGCCCACAGCUUUCGCAGCGGACCAGGAGCGACAAUCCCUGACCACACUCCCAAAGUGGAGGAAGUGGAGCCUCUUCGCCUGCUCCUGCGUGUUGCAGUUCCUUCUCCAGCUAGACAUGGCCGGCGUGGCCGUCACUCUUACGAAAAUCGCCACGGACCAGAAUGCAGCCCAGGUUAAGAUCUUCGCCCUGGCGACGGGCUACUUCCUCGCGCAGACCGUUUUCCAGCUCGUCUUCUCACACAUAUCGCACGCCAUCGGCAGGAAGUUAAUGUUCCUCACCGGACUGGCACUGUUCCUGGUAGGUGCAAGCAUCGCAGCGUCGCGUGCCUUGAUGAACGUUUUGAUCUUCGGGCGCGUGGUGCAGGGCAUCGGGGCCGCCGGCAUGUUCACCAUGUCUGCCAUCGUUAUAGUCGACCUCACGCAGCCGCGGCAGCGGGCUGGGUGGCAGGCCAUAUCGCAGGCCUUUGGCGCACUGGGCAAUAUCUGCGGACCGCUGAUGUCUGCGCUCCUAAUCAACAAAUUCAGAUUGCCUUGGAGUUCUAUCUUCGUCACCGAGGCCGUCCUCGUCGCAAUUCUUUUCCUCGCCCUCCUUGUCCUGCUCCCGUGCGACGCCCGAAAAUUAGGGGACGCGUGGCGAGAGCUCCGAAAAUGCGACUGGAUCGGCAUGCUGGCCUUUUUCGUCUGCUCGGUCUCGAUCCUCACGCCCAUCAAUAUCGGCGGGGCUACCACGGCGCUGGGGUGGAAGUCGGCGCCUGUGAUGAGCUGCUUCGCGGUCGGCGUCGUCAGUCUCGGCUUCCUGAUCAUGCAUCAACGUUGCCUGGCCGGGAAGCGGCCCCGGCCCGCAUUCCCGCGCGAGGUCUUUUCGCGGCGCGUUACCAACAUCGCGUUCCUCGGUACCGCGGCUGGCGGCGUGCUGCUGUCGAUGGUGUUCUACAACCUCGUGUUUUACUUCGAAGGUGUCCGGCACUUGUCGACGAAGCAAACGGGAAUCAUGCUGCUGUCGGUGACGCUGACGUACCCGGUGGCGUACAUGGUGACGGGGCUGAUGAUCCGGCGCUGGGGCCACGUCAGACCAGCGACCGUCUUGGGCUCCGUGCUGGCGACGACGGGCCUGGGACUGAUGCAGCUCAUGACGGAGGACGCGACCGUGCACAGGAUGCUCGCCAUCUGCAUGUGUGCCGGCGCCGGGUGCGGCAUAUUGGCGCCGGCCAUGGUCAACACCGUCCUCGCUAGCACGGAGGCGCGCUGGCACCCGCAUGCCAUCGCCACACGCACGCUGAUCUACACGGCCGGCCAGUGCAUCGGCGUGUCGGUCGGGCUGGCAAUCUUCACCAAUGCCUUCGAGGCCAAGUUUGGGGACAAGGCCGUCGCCCGCGGCAUCCUCGCCAACAAGCAGGGGCUGCUCAGCAAGAUCAAUGAAUUACAGCGGCUGAAACCCGACAGCGAGGUUUUCGGCAUGAUCGUCGAAUCACUCAGCUUGCUGGGUGAAGUGUCCUAA